AUGUGCAGUAAGGAAGUCACAACCGAUGUUUCGAAAGAACAAAAGGCUGAGACGUUCGCCAUUAGGGUAGACACUUGUCAAUUGCUACAUCUCUUGGUCAGUGCUGUCUACCCUAGGAAGGACGUCUUCAUGCGAGAAUUGAUCGCCAACGCAUCCGAUGCUCUGGACAAGAUCUGGUAUAAGAGUCUCAAGCAACCAUCAGUACUAGAUGCCAAUUCGGAACUAUGCAUCAGGAUUCUGCCGAACAAAGCUGAAGGCACACUUACCAUCGUGGAUACAGGAAUUGGCAUGACGAAGGACGAGUUGGUGAAGAACUUGGGUAGAAUUGCAUAUUCGGGUACAAGAACCUUCAUGAAGGCAUUGCAAGACAGUGGCGAUUGUGUCUCCAUGAUUGGGGAAUUUGGUUUGGGUUUCUACUCCGCCUUUCUUGUUGCGGACAGGGUUCAGGUUGUCUCCAAGACUAACGACGAUGAACAGUAUAUGUGGGAAUCGCUGGGUGGUGAGUAUUUCACUAUUCGUGCAUGGAAUGAUCAGUCGUUGAGCCGCGGUACCAAGGUGAUUCUUCACAUGAAGAGCCAUCAGUACCUGGAUUUACACGUGAUUAAGGCGAUCGUGGGAAAGUACUCCGAAUUUAUCGCCUAUCCCAUAAAAUUACCCUGUGAUGAGGGAGAAAAGCAAAAUGUUAUGGACUGUAGAGGGAAAGAGAAGGAAGGAAAAGUUAUUGAUGAAAUUGUGUUGAAUGGAAUUGAGCCACUGUGGAUGCGCAAUCCAAGGGACAUCAGCCGGGAGGAAUACGACAAGUUGUACAAGUGGCUAAGCUCAGAUUUGGAGGACUACUUGGCUGUGAAGCAUUUCUCUGUUGAGGGUGAAUUGUCAUUUCGUGCACUGCUGUUUGUACCAAGACAUCCUCCUGAAGACUAUUUUGGCAGAAAUGGACGGGUGCACAGCAUCAGGCUUUACGUGAGAAGGGUAUUGGUGACGGAAGAGUGCAAGAAUCUGACUCCGAACUACUUGAACUUUCUCUUUGGAAUUGUCGAUUCAGACGACCUACCCCUGAAUCUCAGUCGCGAUGCAAUACAGCAGAGUGCUGUCGUGCAAGCGAUCCGUAGACACUUGGUAAGGAAGACCAUUGAACUGAUGCAAGAGAUAGCGGAGGAUCCACUGGUCUACAAAACAUUUUACGGCAAUUUCUUAAGGAGCAUUAAACUCGGUGUGUAUGAGGAUAAAGCGAAUCGCUAUAAACUAGCUGAUCUGUUGCGCUAUUACUCAUCUAAGAGCGGCAAUGAAAUGACUAGCUUGAAGGAAUAUGUGAAUCGAAUGAAAAGGGGUCAAAAUUUUAUCUACUGCAUCGUCGGUGAGAGCAUGGAAAGUGUAAGAGACUCAGUUUUCAUCGAAAGCCUGCAGGCGCAUGAUCUUGAGGUGUUGUUUAUGGUAGAUCCGGUGGACGAGUAUGUAGUAAAUGAACUGACCGAGUAUUUGGGCAAAAGUUUGGUGUGCGCGUCGAGGUUGGGUCUUCAGUUGCCAGAAGAAGAGACGAAGGAAGAGAAGUCAACGGCAAGUAUGACGCCAAGGACGUUGAAUAAGUGUGUGGAGGAAGAUUUUGAGUCAACUUGUGCAAAAAUGAAGGAGAUACUAGGGGAGAAGGUUGAGAGCGUACGAGUCUCAUGUAGAUUAAUCAGUUCACCAUGUUGUCUUGUCACAUCCACUUGUGGUUGGUCUGCAAACAUGCAGCGCAUCGGAAAGGCUCAAGCCCUGCGAAAUCCGCACUCUUUAGGAAAUAAUAGCGCCAAAAAGCACUUGGAGAUCAAUCCUCGCGAUCCGAUAAUAACUGAUCUGAAGAAGAUGCUUUUAGCUGAUAAUAUGCCAAAGACAUUUUGCAGGAAUAUCUUGGAGAUGCUGUACAGCACAGCAUUGUUGGAUUCCGGUUUUCCAUUGGAGGAGCCGAGGACUCACAUCGACACGAUCCAUUCAUGGAUUCGAAUGUAUUUGGAUAUUCCGGAAGGUGAAACCAUAAAGGAUGGAGAGAAUGUGAAAGCUGACUCCGAUGAGUCGUUGUUGGCACAGGCUGGAGACGAUGGUGUUGCAGUGGGUGAAGUUGACUAG